AUGGCUAUAGAUGCUGAAAGUUUUUAUGGAAAAAGAAAAAAGUGCAAAAGCACCUUUGAAGAAAAUAUUGAGAAAUAUAAAUUGUUAAGAAAAAUUAAGACACAUGAUGAAGGAUGUGAUAGAAAAAAUAUAAAGAAAAGAUAUUUUUAUAAACAACAUGAUGUUCUUUCAUAUUAUGAUGAUUUGAUCAAUGAUAAAAAUAUAAGUGGAUAUACAGAUAUAAUUAUAUACACAGAAGAAAUGGAAAAUGGAAAAAGAUGUUUCAUUUUAGAAUCAUUUUUUUCCUUCUUAAAAUAUUAUUGUUUUUAUGCUAUGUCAUUAAAUGAAAUAUAUUUUAUUAACAAUGAAAAUAUAAAUAAAGAAAAAAUAAUAAUAAAUGAGCAAAUACAACAUGACAUAGACAAUAAAAAUUCAAUUAGAGAAAAUCCUGAUAUGCAUUUAUAUGAGCUUAUUGUAAGUAAUGAAAAACGAUGGUUAUAUUUCGAUAUAGAAUAUGAUAUAAUAAAUAAUUAUGAAAAUAAAGAAACUAUAUUGUUUAUUUUUCUUAUCGAGUUUUGUUUAUAUAUAUAUUCUAAUUUUAAUAUAAAAAUAUGUUUAAAUGAUAUUUUAAUUUUAGAUAGUUCAACAAGUAAAAAGGUUUCUUUUCAUAUAAUCAUAAAAAAUAUACACACACUUAAUAAUGAUUAUUAUGAAUAUUUAAUAGAUUAUUGUAAUUUUUAUAUAUCACAAAAUGAAAGGGAAAAAAAAUCAGAAAACACAUUUUAUCAUAAAUAUAAAAAAAAACAAUACAAAAGAAAUCAUAAUAAACAAUAUGAAGAAAAUGAACCAUAUGAAAAAAAUUAUUUACUUUUUGAUGAUGAAAAUUGUAUAAAAAACUUUGUUGAUUUAUUUCUAUAUCAUAUAUCUGAUCAAAUAAAAUACUGUGAAAAUUCUUUUCUUGUUAAUAAUACAACGAUUUAUAUAGAAUAUGAAGAAUUAGUAGAAUUGAAUAAUAAUAUAAAUUCUGUGGUCACAAAUGAAAUAUAUAAUAAUAAUAAGGAAAGAGAAAAAUGUUAUGAAGAAAAAGAAAAUAAUUAUAAUUGUGAUGAAAAUGAUAAUUGUGAUGCAAAUGAUAAUUGUGAUGAAAAUAAUAAUUGUGAUGAAAAUAAUAAUUGUGAUGAAAAUAAUAAUUGUGAUGAAAAUGAUAAUUGUGAUAAAGAUAAUAAUUGUGAUGAAAAUAAUAAUUGUGAUGAAAAUGAUAAUUGUGAUGAAAAUGAUAAUUGUGAUAAAAUUUAUAAUUGUGAUGAAAAUAAUUAUUGUGAUAAAAUUUAUAAUUAUGAUGAUGAUUUACAAAAAAUUAUAAACGAUUUUAGUGAAGUCACAGACAUUCAUCAUAUCAAGAACAAUUUCAUGACAAUGCCUUUUAAUAAAAAUAUGAAUAUAAAUAAUUAUGAACAAAAAAAAACAAUAGAAUAUUUUGAUUUGUAUAAGAAAUCGCUUGAUGAUAUUAUUACACAUUAUAUAAAUUAUUUGCAGAAAUUAAAAGAAGGAGAAAAAACAUAUUGUAAUUAUAUUGUACUUUUAUAUCAAAUUAAAAGAGAAGAUAGUACUGAUCAAAAUUUGAUUAAUGAUAUGAAUAUUUUUAAAAUAAAAAAAAAAAAUGUUCUUAAUAUUAAUGAUCAUAUAUUAAAUGAUUGUGAUAAUACAAAUAAUAAUUAUGAAGAAACUAAUUCAUUACUUAUAAAUGAGAACAAAAAUAAUAUAAUUGAAAAUGAUAAAUAUAUGGAAGAGCUCAUAGUUCUUUUUGAAAAUACACCUUAUAAUUAUCAACACAGUGAAAAUAAAAAAAAAAUUAAUAAAAAAAUUGAGACUUUAAAAUGUAUUAUUGAUAGUUCAGUCUAUAGUAAAAAUCGGAACUUCCGAUUAAUUUUUUCAAGUAAGAAAAACAAAAAAAAUAAAUUAUUAUUAAGUAAAAAAAAUGUGAAGAAAUAUCAAAAAACAGAUAUUAAUGAUAUUAUACUCAAAAGUUUAGUUACCUUUUAUUUUAAAAGUGAUAUAAAUUAUAAGAUAAAUGAAAGUACCUUUUGUAAUCAAAAUUUGUUAAAUAAUACAAUGAAUUGUUAUAUUAAAAAUUUAUAUGAAAAUAAAACAAUCAAUAGUGAUAUUAUUGAUAUGAAUGACAUAAAUGAUAUAAAUAAUAAUAUACAUAAUAUUAAUAUUGAUAAUAUAAAAAAUACUCAUUUUAAGUUCAAUAAUAUCAAUUCUUCAAAUAAUUCAUGUAAAUUAUUAAAACAUAAAAAUGUAUUCAUGACUAAAAAUAAUACCUUUCAUAAAAAUACAAUACACAAUCAAGAACAUUUUCAUAAUAUUUUAAAAAUACUCUUUUUCUGGAAUUUCGAGUUAUAUAAAAACUUUAAAAAAAAUAAAAUAUAUCUCAAUUCUUUUCAAAAUGAAAUUAAAAAAGAUUAUUUUUAUAAAAUCGUUUUAAUAUAUAAUAAGAUUGCAUUUCAAAAUUAUUUAAAGGAGGAUAAUCCUAAUAUGAAAAAUUAUAAUGAUUCGAAUAAACAUAUUUUUGAAGAAAACUUAUCUUUAGAAUAUUCAAAGAAAAUAUGUCAACUUUCAAAUAUUUCUGAAAAGCAAAAUGAAAACAUAGAUAAAAAUAACGAACAAAAUCAAAAUGAAAAUCAAAACAUAAAAGAAAAGAAUGAUAAAAAUGAACUAACAAAUAAUACAAAUUACGAUUUCAAAAUAGAAGACAAAAAUUAUAUUAAUAUAAAUAAUAAUAUACAUUUAAAAGGUUCAAAUAAAUAUAAUAUUAUAUGUACAAAAAAAAAAAAAAAAAACAUAUAUGAAUAUGAUCUUGAUAGUUACAAUAAUUUAUUUCUAAAAAAUGAAAAUUUCUAUAUAGAUCUUUUAAAUGAAUAUAAAAGUGUUUUUUCUAAAGAAAUUCGUCAAGAUGAUUUAUCUCUUUUAAUCAAAUAUUUCGUACAUUCAUUUACAUCAAAUGAUGAAGAAUAUAUUAUUAGUUUGAAAGAUAAUAAAUUCUGUAAAAAUAAAAAUAGGUCACACAAAUCAAAUCAUAUAUAUAUUAUUUAUAAUUAUAAGAAAAAGCUCUUUGUUCAAAAAUGUUUUGAUCAUGAGUGUGCGCACUAUAUAUCACAAAUAUAUUAUUUAUGA